GUAAACAAGUAUAACGUUAAUUUAAUUCAAAUAAUCGAAAGGAAAAAAAAAAAAACUAUAGAAAUCCAACCACAUUCGGUGUCCUAGUACCCUUGAUAGAACCGAAACAAUACGUAAGACUUAAAAUGAAAGAAUUAUUUGAUUUUACUUGCAGCACUUGGCUCACACGUGAAAAACAAAGCUCAUAAAAGUUUGCCUACUGCAGUAUCGUAACAGGAACUAUUCGUUUCUUGGAGGAUUAUCAGGAGCCUAUUUUAAACUCCAGACACGAAAGUCAAGAACAUGCGAGUUGAAACGAAGCAGACACGGAAGACGAAGGGCGUCGCCGCAUAGACUGAAACGCUCAGUCGAUAAAGUUCCCUACUAAACGUCGUGGCUACUACGUCCAUGGUUCUUUUGGAUAGACAAGAAAUGAGGAAGACAGAUUAGGGAAGGCCUUGGUUCUCGCACAAACACAAACUGACUUUGAAUACCUUCGUACGCUACGGUACGGCGCAGACGAAAUAUGGCGUCUUCAAUCCGACAGCUGAUAGCUUUGACUUUUAGGCAGCUGAAGAAAUUUGCAUUACGGACAACAAGAAGAAAAGCGAGCAAAUGGGUUUUCCUGUUCUCGUUUUCAUCUCUUGUUUUCAUUUUCAUGUUUCUCAUUGAUGGAAAAGCUAUGCUUAAAGUGACUGACAAAAUUCAAAAUUGGUGGAAAUGUGGCUGCCCGAAAAAUUUUCUUCCUCAAGAACAGACCUGGAAAUAUGGCAAUUGUUUACCGCAUCAAGCGAGCAACGAAUCGUGUGAAAAGGCGAGGAUAUUGUACAAACUGGAUCCAGCGUUAACCAAGUGCAAAUCGUUGUCCAGCAAGAAGGUGUGUGAGUUGAAAAGUCUACUAGUGGGUCCAAAAGAUCACGUCAACUUUAGUGUCAGUUGUGAUAAUUCAAUUUGCAUGGAACAAAACGAAAAGGAAAGUAUCCAAGUGUUGAACAUGAAUCCCAGUAACGGUCAGAUAGCAGAAGCUGGAAGAUAUCUAAACAUUACUGAAUUGGAAGCAGCACUAAUGGUUAUCAUCAGAGAAAAUAUCAAGCAGAAAUUUCACUUCGUUAUCCUUCGAUGUACUUCAAAAGAUACCAAAACAGGAAUAUCCCAGAUCAUUCAAAUAGACCCACAAUUAACCAUGAGGAAAAAUGCCUCCAAGACUCGAGAUCAAAAUCUCUUGAAUGUCAAUAUUGUUCUAAUUGACUCGGUAUCGAGGUCUCACUUCUAUCGAUCGCUACCCAAGACUAUCGAGCUGUUCAAGCGAUGGCGAAAUGAACCCCAUUCAGCUCCUGCCAUGAUAUUUGACUUUGAACUAUUUCAAGCUGUUGAAGGUCAUACUACAGAGAAUACUCAUGCGUUAUUCAAURGUAGACUACUUGAUCUAAACAGGUCUGCUUCUAGCCAAUCAGUCAACCCGGGUUUCAUGUUUGGAGCAUUUCACAGAGCGGGUUACCAGACUAUGUGGCAAGAAGACUUAUGUUGGAAAGGAGUCUGGGGUCUGAUGUUGGAUUUACUAGCUAACUUACUUUUUAUUGAUCACUCAGGACUGACUCAUGCGGGAUGUGAAAUUCUUGAAUAUGUGUAUGGAAUCAAUACACCAUUUAUGGGACCUACAGGGGAUCAGAUUUGCUACGAUGGUCGUUUUCACCAUUCCUAUUUACUGCAGUACACAUCGGACACCAUAAGAGCCAUCACAUUAACGCCUACUGCAUUACCUUUACUGUCUUACAUGGGUCUAAAUGUCGGACAUGACCACAUUGGACGUAGAAUCCAGUCACUAGACCCUGCUCUUGUUCAAUUUGUCACUCAACUGUCUAUGAGUGAAGACACGUUGACAGUAAUCUUAUCAGAUCACGGCAACACUUACACUAGCUAUACUUCAACUUUAGAGGGGCGAUUUGAAAUGUUUCAUCCUCAUCUUUUUCUCAUCGUCCCAAAUAAAGUAGCUCAACGUUUGGGUGACGCGGCUCUGGAUGCUCUUCGAAUCAACCAGCAUCGAUUGGUCAACAUCAUAGACUUACAUCAUUCAAUAAUGGCUUUGACUAAACCUCUUCACGGACCUGUUACCCCGACUGGUCUGUUUACACCCAUAUCAGCACAUCGCACUUGCCAGGACUUUGAACUUCGCUUGCCUAACCUGUGUGUGUGUAAAGGAUGGGAUAAUCCUACCUCCAACGACGAUAUGAAGAUGAUAUUAGUUGAGUUCGCGUUAGGAUACUUAAAUAACCAAAUAGAGGCACAGCUUAUUAAGCAGACUAAAGAGAACUCGACCUUGCAACUUUAUUGGACUCGGUCGUGUAAUCGACUUAGAGCAACUCUCUUCGAGGAAGUGCGUGAGAGACGUGUCGCGUCUCGUGGGAUAUUAAUCACAUCCAUGUUGAUCUACGUGCCUGCUGGUCGUGGUAGUGGUGAAGAUGUAUUCAAUGUGAUGGUUGAGUCACGUGACGUUACAGCGCAACGCUCAUUGGACCUGAAAUUUCUUCAAUACGACCGUAUGUCGAUGUAUGGCCAGUACAAAGCUUGUGCAGAUCGAAACAUCUUGAAACUUUGUAUGUGUUCAAUACAAUCCCAACACAACCAGCAAUCUUUAAAUAUUACGAGAUUACUUGCUCCUCCUCAUCCAAAGUACUUUGGACAAGAAAGUGUAUCGAAAAUUAAUCAAUCAGAGUGUAUUUUUGUAAUUACUAGAACGCAUAAAUCUGAUAUAAGCUUUGCUUAUGAAAUGGCAAAUGUUUGCAAAUACGGAAGCUUUUUUGUAUCAGUGGACGUACAAUCUACAGGCAUGAGACUCACCCGUGCUUGUCCGUUUAAUGUGACUCUACUCCCUGACAAUAUCAAGUUUGUUUUAGCUGCAAGAAAAGAAAAACUGCACCAAAAAAGCUCUAUAAGAUUUAGAGCUCAAAUAAUCAAAAAAUUGAAAUGACUUGGAAAAUGGUUUUCGUUACAUAGUGACAUUUUAAAACUUUUGUUUCGGUUCUAAAUCUGCCAAGACAGAUUGUAGUACAAAUAUUGCACAAUUUUAUUAAGUCUCUGACGGAAAAUAAUUCUGUUUAAUUACCUUCCCUCGCCUUGUUUUCAAUCUCAAAAGAUUCGAGGACUACAGAGUAAGUUGCCCCAUGUAAGGGAAUCCGGACUUAUGGUGGAUUCCGGAUUCCGAGCGCUGGAUUCCGUAUCCCGAGACUCUGGAUUACAAAUUCGAAGGGUCUGGAUUCCGGAUUCCAAAACUUUUGUAUUGCGGAUUCCGGAUUCCAUAUCGUUAAUUUUCAGAUACUUUCUUUGAAAAUUAUAUUUGAUAUACUUUCCAGUAUAACUAGGGAGGUGUCCCUGGUUCAGUCUAGGUCGAGGCGAUAGCACUUGAGUGUAGACUUUGGAUUUCAAAGUAGCGGAAUCCGGAUUCCAUUAUAAUUCUGGAAAUCCACAAGGGUGGAUUCCGGAUUUCAUUAUAAAUUGGAUUCUGGGUUCCAAGGCCUGGAUUCCGGAUUCCGGAUUCCAAAGCGUAAAAUUUCGUGAAUUCCGGAUUCCGGAUUCCGGAUUCCCUUACAUGGGGCGAAGUAAGGAACCACGAAAAUUCGCAAAAAGAUUCUUACUCCAUCUGACUGCUACGGUAUGUAGUCGAAGUGUCUUGCGUAUUGUUGACAACGAAUGUCUUUUUGGCUACUUUUGUAAGACCUAUAUAAGUAACAUGUAGUCUAUAUUGGGUAUAUGUUAGUAGCCUGUGUGUCAGUCUUGCUCAAGUGCUCAGUCACUAAAGUUUGUCCAAUUACUGUAGAUCCCACACUAUAUUUAUUUAAGAGGAAUUGUCACUGCACGAUCCAGGUGAUGAUUUCUCUUGUAGUCAAACAGCUGAUUAAAGAUCUUAUAUUGGGUAAUGCAAA